CCGCUCGGCCCGGCGCUCCAGCCAGGGCUGAGGGCUCGCGCGUCCGCCCGGCUUCGCCCUCUCCCGCCCGGCCCCGAGCCGAGCCGCGCCGCGCCGCGCCGCGCCGCGGGGCCCGCUCCGGCCCGGCCAUGAGCGCGGCCGCAUGAUGCGGCGCUGCCUCGGCUGCAGCCGCCGCCGCCGCCGCCGCCGCCCGGGAGGAGCCGCAGCGCCGGGCGACCCCGCCCGGGCCUCGGAUCCUGUCACUCGGCAGCAUGCGCCUCCAGACCCUGACCAGCAGGCGCCGAGCGUCCCCGUGAUGCUCAGCGGCCGGCUCUGAGGGUGCGCCGGGAAACCAUGCAGCCAUCAGGACACCGACUCCGGGACGUCGAGCACCACCCGCUGCUGACUGAGAAUGACAACUACGACUCCUCGUCCUCCUCGUCCUCCGAGGCCGACCUGGCGGACCGGGUGUGGUUCAUCCGCGACGGCUGCGGCAUGGUCUGCGCCGUCAUGACGUGGCUUCUGGUCGUCUACGCGGACUUCGUGGUGACCUUCGUCAUGCUGCUGCCCUCCAAGGACUUCUGGUACUCCGUGGUCAACGGGGUCGUCUUCAACUGCCUGGCGGUGCUCGCCCUGUCCUCGCACCUGCGGACCAUGCUCACCGACCCCGGGGCGGUGCCCAAGGGAAACGCCACCAAGGAGCACAUGGACAGCUUGCAGCUCAAGCCCGGGGAGGUGAUCUACAAGUGCCCCAAGUGCUGCUGCAUCAAGCCCGAGCGCGCCCACCACUGCAGUAUUUGCAAAAGGUGUAUUCGGAAGAUGGAUCACCACUGCCCGUGGGUGAACAACUGUGUGGGGGAGAAGAACCAGAGGUUCUUUGUGCUCUUCACCAUGUACAUAGCGCUGUCGUCCAUCCACGCUCUGAUCCUCUGUGGGCUGCAGUUCAUCUCCUGCGUCCGUGGGCAGUGGACUGAGUGCAGCGACUUCUCUCCCCCGAUAACUGUAAUCCUGUUGAUCUUCCUGUGCCUUGAGGGGCUUCUGUUCUUCACGUUCACGGCCGUCAUGUUCGGCACCCAGAUCCACUCGAUAUGCAACGACGAGACGGAGAUCGAGAGGUUGAAAAGCGAGAAGCCCACGUGGGAGCGGAGGCUGCGGUGGGAAGGGAUGAAGUCCGUCUUUGGGGGGCCCCCCUCGCUGCUCUGGAUGAACCCCUUUGUUGGCUUCCGACUGCGACGGCUACAGACGAGACCCAGGAAGGGAGGCGCCGAGUUCUCCGUGUGAGGCCGCCCGCCGGGCUGGAGCUCAGCCACGUUCCGUCACUCACUCGGGGUCUGCAGGGUCCGCGGCUCCCUGGCCUCCGUGACCCCUGGGCAAGCUGAGGCCUUGUCCGUGCCGCUGACCGGAGGGCAGCUGGAUCCGUUAGGAAUUCUUGCGAUCACAGGGGUUGCUGAGUCCUGUGUACUGAGCUCUCUUCAGUCUCACUGCAGGGAACAAGAAUUCUGCACGCGGGCGUGUCAGGGCGUCCCCCGGCGCUUCACCACGGCUGGGUGCCUCGCACGGACGGGCAGCUUCCGGCACAUGGCCCGCUGCCCGGCGCAGGCCCCCAGGCCUCUUCCAGAAGUCCGUGUGCGUGUGUGUGCACUGUGCGUGUGUGCAUGUGUGUCCCACAGCAGUGUUCAGGCGCCGUGACCUCCAGCGGCCGUGUCCGGCGGACAAGCUGUUCUGCGGACGCCGAGGCCUCAGGGAAGGGGCGGGCGCGGCGCUACGGCGCACUCCCUGUGGACGUACUGCGGGCAGAGCGCGUCUCGAUCCAAAGAACAGGCGUGCGCGCUUCCCUGGGCCCCUGCUCCCCUUUAGUUAAACAUCUAGACAGCGGCUGAGGGCCGUGGAACUGGGUUGGUUUUUUUUUCAUGUUCCAACCAAAUUAGCAGUGUAGACAGGCACCUCAGCGAGACAGGCGGCGGCCUCGUGCCGUGCAGUGCCGUGCUGACACAGGUGUGGGGAGAAGCAGGGGCCGCUGAGGGGACCCCCGGCCAGGUGGUGACAGACUUGGCCAGAACGCAAACAGCUCCCCUCGGGGACUUGCCUUAACUCGCCGGCCGCGUCCAGCAGUGGCUUGUGACAGUCCAGGGCUUCCGCUGGGUCUCCCCGCCGGGGGCUGUUCUGUUUGUCUUAAUUACCCCACACCCUGUCCUGGCCAGGGCUUCUGCCACUGCCAAGGCAGCCCAGGCAACCCGCUGGGGGCACGGGCCAGCUGAGCGAGCAGACCGGGAGUUGGCAGGGCACCGGCCGUGUCACAGCAGGGGGACAGACGCAGCUGGGGGGCCAGGAGCCAGAUCUGCUUCCGGAGAUGGCUUGCAUCUUCAUUUGCACACCUGGGUGGUUCGCGUGUCCUGGGCUCUGGCGUGAGGCUGUCCUCUGUCAGUGGAGUCCCGCAGCGGCUGAGCCCUGUGCGGCUCGGCAAGUCUGUGCACACCCAGGAUUCUUGAGUUGUCAACCUCUUCUUGCAAUGUAACUUUUUUAUGAAAUAAAGUAACCAAUGACAGUU